AAAACGCGCCGGGGGAACUCCGCGAUCGCCCUCUUUUUUUCUCCGCCUGCAAGGGACAAAAACCGCCUCUGGAAGACUCGAUCGCCCCGCAGUAUUGAAUAUCGAUCAGUCAAUUCGACUCAAUUGUCGAAUGUUGAGCUGUUGAAUUGUUCCUAUCUUUUCCCUGCAUUGGUCUUUCAAUCAGAAAAUCCCCUCCACCCGAUCAUCAAACAUCAUAUCCCAAACCCCAAAGCUCAAAAUGACCUCCAAGAUAUCAGUCCAUCCUCCUCCAGAACCCUCCGCCCUCACCAACCUCAUCUCUGCCUCCUCCGUCCCAGGCCAUCCCCUCUCCGCAACCACCACCCAAAUCCUGCAUAACCUCCAACACCAGCAUCUAUGGACCGCCCUCCACAUCCACGAUAUCCAACUCCCCACCGACCCCUCCUCCCCAGAAGACCAGCAAUCUAAAUCCGGCUUCUUAAUCUCCGGAAUCCCGCCGCAUCGGGUCUACACGCAUCCGGAUGAACAGCUGUACAUGCUCGAGAGAGGCCUUCGCGACGCAGACAUUGAACUCGAGCGCAUGUUCGUCCUCCCCACUGUGCAGGGUCAGUCGUGGAGUUUGCGCAAGAUGGCUGCCGUGUUUGAUUCGCUUCCUGAGGGCGAGGAGGAACCGUCGUCAUAUGAAGUGAGUGACAAGGAAGACAAGGCGGCAAAGCUGCAAGAGUACUAUGAAUAUAGGACCAAGGCUCGCGCUACCAAAGAAUGGGGCAGCAAGAGGUUGUUGCUUGCCAUGGUGGAUAAGGGAAUGGGUGGAGAUGGUACUGUGGUGUACUAUGUCGUUCAGGAGGGUGCUGUGAAGCCCCGGCAGAAUUAAGAAAAAAAGGACAAGAGUGCGACUGCUACUAUAUCGCAAACCAGGGCUCACUGCAGGAGAGCGAUGCUAUCCAAGUGUGUUGCCAUCUACAUUGCUACUUCUGAAAACAAUCGCCGUUUCAGUUGUCGCAUCGCUAUGGAUGUUUUGAAGAUCCAUAUUGCACUUUCAGUUCCCACUCUGGUCAAUCUCAAUCU